AAAAGGAAGGAACUUACCAAUUUUAAAAGAAACAAGGCGACAUCAGUCGUUAUGAAUGAAACAAACGUACGAAUCACAACGCUUGCUUUGGAGCUGAAAACGAGAGAGCGUUGGUUGGUUGGAAUAGAGUCCUUGGCAUGGCUUGGAGUUAUAGUGGCCGCUUUUUUGGGAAAUGUCUUGUUGACGCUGGCAGUCUUAAAAACAAGUACAAUACGAUCUCGACAUAAUUAUUACCUAAUGUCGCUGGCUGCUACGGAUGUUCUUAAUUCUGCUGCCAUUAUGCCUUACACGCUUACUGUUCUUAUCAGAGGAAAAUGGCCUUUUGGAAAUUUUAUUUGUCAGCUGCAAGGAAGUCUGACUUCGAUUUGCGCCACUGUUUCCUUGCUUACAAUGGCGCUGAUUUCCUUUAACCGUUAUGUGAAAAUAGUCAGGUCUGUUCAGCUUUACCAGAAAAUUUUCACCAGACGAAAUAUUCUGAUAUCCAUCGCCAUGGCAUGGGGAAUAACUACUUUUUUAGUGCUUGUUCCAUUUUUAUUUUACAAAACUAUGUUCCGUUUUCAUCCUGGGAAGUGCUUAUGUUGGUUACAGCUAAGUCUAAAAGAUGGACCUACUUUGUAUGGUCUAGUCAUUUAUUCGUCAACGGUUUGUUUAAUAUUUUCUUCAAUCUCUUUUAGCUACUACAAAGUAUUUCGAAAAAUCCGCGCGCACUAUGCUCAAGUUGCAAACUCUGCAAUUCACAGUGAAAACUCUACGGCCUUCGCCGAGGAAGUGAAAAUAACAGCGAUGUUGUUUGUCACUAUACUGGCGUUUUUCAUUUGUUGGGUCCCCUCUUUUGUUAUCGACUUUUACGAGGCUAUUGCAGGAUAUUACAUCCUUCCAAGACAGUUGUAUUUUUUCAAUGUAUUCACUUAUACAUCCAGCAGCGCUAUCAAUCCUCUUAUUUAUGGUGUAAUGAAUAGGGAUUUUCGAGGGGCCUACAAGAGAAUAUUGUGUUGCAAAGAAAAUUAACACUUCAGUAUCACCCCUAUAUCACGGAGCCAUCCUAUCAAAUUUUUCGCUUUGCACCACCUCAGACCCUCUCGCAAAACGAGUUGGUCGCUCGAGCAAUUCAAGAAAAGUGAGAAGAAAGAAGAGAACUUACUGAAAGAAGAUCUCAAUUGGGUGACAGCUUUUACAGUGAACAGUUAAAAUUUUGGCCGAUUUACGGCAAGAAGUUUUUUAAGGCUAAAUUUUGUAUUUGAGUAACGGUUAAGAUUUGUCAAUUUUUACACUCAACGGUUGAUUUUUUUUGGCCGUUUUAUGGCUAACGGUUAAGCUCAUGCAGACUCUCAUGACAGAUCAGUCUGGAUGUGUGUUUUCGCUCUCCAGUUGUUUACUUAAGCCCAAACGUUUUAAUACGACAAUGCAAGCCAGAAAAUGGGUCUAGACAAUUUUUAUUCAAAAUAAGGCCCUUAUCACCUGCUCUUGAUCAACUUUGAGAAUAUUCAUUUUGUCCAUUAUUGACAUUUUUCUUGUUCAGACAAUAUAUCCGCAAAUUUUCUGUUUGUUUUUGUAUUGGGGAAGUUGAACACAUCAAAUUUUAGCUGUUUAUAUAGCCUACUGUUUAUAUAGACCAGUAACUUGCGUAGAAAAUGCAUAUUAACUGUAUUUGUUCUAAAAUUUGCAAAACAACACCUAGCAAAUCUCUUCUCUCAUUGUAUUAUUCUUAGUCAAUCCAUAUCUUCAACCUUACUGCAAAGUAGUAUGGGGUUCUAUAUAUCCACAAACCUAAAAAGAAUC